UAAUUAUGUUUUAUCUUUUUAAUACUGUUAUGGUUAUUAGAAGUAACUAUUGAGGUGUCUCCGGAAUAUGGGGACAGUGGUCAAAUAUCAACAUUUGUAGUUCUCAGGAGCUUCAAAACAAAAAAGGAGCAGAGCUGUUGGCUGAGUGGAAGAGUCUAAGACACACCGAUCAUAGGAAUUGUCUGAUUUACCUUGGUUAAUUAAGUUCAGGGUAAAUGAUUGAUAUUAACAAUUGAUGACCAGAGGAUAAAAACCAGAAAAAGGACAAGAAGACACUAGAGAAGUAGAGAAGAGACAGUGCCAUGCAAGAGGCACUGAUUAGCCUUUAAGACCAGAUUCAAGUUAAGUAUUUGACUCUUUGCAAGAUAACCUGCCAUUCUGUUAUUUUAAGGAAAUGCUGCUUUCCUGUAUAGAAAAUCCAUAGGUUAAAAACAGUCUUUCCUGGUCAUUGGAUGAAUUUUUAGAACAGGGAGUUAGCUUCCCAUUUAUCUUGUAGCAUCUGGGUUUAUAUAUAGAGAGAUUAAACUCUAGUUUGUAUUCUGUUAGGUACAGAAGGCAGGUUUAUCUCUAUUUUGUGGCUGAUUUCCUGGUUGGUCAGGAAGUAGGCCUUCGAGACACCUUGUUUGUAAAUAGUGUAAAUUAUAUGUUGUACUGUAUGUUUAUGUUCUGUUGUCGCAUUAUUAACAGGUAUUUGCUUAACCCAAUGUGCCUGAUUUAUUACUUUCACCAAAGGAAAGAGAACACAGAACUUUAUUCUAAGUGCUCAUUAACCCACACGGUCUAUUUCUGUAAGUUUCUAUUUUUUUAACCCCUUUUGUAACUAUACGCUCUAAUACUGUAUACUGUAUCAGUAUUACAGUCACCAGCUACUAGAUUGUCAUCAGAUCAAGAAUAGUUUUGCAGAUCAUCUCUUACUACAAAACACUUCAGUAGUAUUUAAGGUAGCUGCAGAGUCCUUUUCAUUAUUUACGAAAUGUUUUAUUCCUGAAAGUAUAGAAAGGAUUUCUCUAAAGCUGUAUGAGCAGGUUUUUUUUUUACUUCUGCAAAUUGCCUUGUUUCAUUUGCUAACAUAGUGGAAUCAGAACCAUAUUUUACACACAGCAAGUGUAAUUUAACUGUUAUUUCUUAUGGACUCUUCCAGAUCCAUUGAUUCAAAAUGGGUUUUGUUUUAACUUUGUGAACGCAUUUAAUUUAAACUCAAGUCAUGACAUGUCUUUAUGUAGCUUUAAAAACGAAUCAGUUAAUAUAUCCCUUGCUUUGUGCUCCAGUAAAACCUUGUUCUUAGGAGGUUGUCCCAAACCAUACAUCAAUGAUGAAGGUAUAUUUUCAACUGUGAAAUUACAGCAUUGACAGAAGCCAAAAACUUUCCCUAUAAUCAUAAUUUUAUUUUCAAAUCAUCUUGAUAAAGUGUUCUAUGGUAGGCUGUUUUUAGGCUGAGAAGUCAAGUUGGCAAAACAUUUUUGCUUACUCAAUAAAAUGCUUAUACUGUAUAGUAGUUGCUGGUUUAUUCAAGAUUAUUGUUAUUUUGCGUGAACUGCAUAUUCUGUCAGGAAGGAAGCUGCUUUUAUAAGUAAACCACAAGUGCAAAGGGUACUAUAUAUCUUUGUGACGUCAAAACCUCCCUAGCACAUUCAACAUUGUUUUCUGGUAUACCGAGCAGAAUAUACAACAAUUUCAGAUACACACAAGCAAAACAUGUUUCAUUUACUGAAACUAAUGUUCAUACCAGGAAUCAUAGGUGAGUUGCGAAUGGUGGCCACUGAUUCACAAAUAACUGCAAGGCAGCAUCCUCAGAAGAUUACAAGUUUCCCUGGUGGAAGUGUUGCCUUCAUAUGCGAGUUCAACUAUGUGGUAGCUAAUCCUCUAGUAAUAGAUGUGUCCUGGCAUCAUCAGAGUGAUGUCCAUCAAUAUACCUUUGCAAAAGACAACGCACGUCUUGUUCAGUACAGUUCAAAUAUUCAUUUACAUGGCAACUUCUCCAAGGGGUUUUCAGUUCUUGUCAUAGAAGACAUUCAGCCAAAUUACACUGGUACAUACUUCUGUGAAGUUCUGUUAAUUCAACCCCCACCUGUAAAGGUUACAGGAAAGGGAACAGUGCUGAAAGUAUAUGAUAAAGAGGAAUGCAAAGAUCAGAAAAGCUACUGGUGGAACUACAUUUUCAUAGCUUUGUCUGCAACCUCCUGUACAUUGCUAUUUGCUGUAAUGUUUAUGCUGGUAAGGAAAUGUCUGGGCAGAGCCAAGCAUAUAACAAAUAAAGAACAAAGAAAGAGUGAAAAAAAGAUGGAACCUAUUGCCACCAUCAGUCAAGAGUACGAAGAUAUGACAUUUUUAAGAAGCCAACCUGCCUGUUAAAACAGAAUAGUAGUAUUAACUG